AUGCCAUCUCCUCUUCCUCAUAAUCGUCUUCUUCAUCUACAAUUUUCUCCAUCUGUGAAUGCACGGCCCUGCAGUAGUCCCUUGGUGUUUCCAGCCAAAGGUGAAAAGUUUUUUUGUGUUGAAGGUGUUUCACCCAGGAUUCGCCGACUACCAACUCGUCUAGCUUGGUGUUCAAUAGACUGGGAUCAGUUGUGUUUGCUACACCCCCUGGGAUCAGGUGGCUUUGGUUCAGUCUACAAGGCUAUUUAUCGUGGAACUACAGUGGCAGUAAAGCAGGUGAAGAAAAGCAGUAAGAACAGUCUGGCAUCACGGCAGAGUUUCUGGGCAGAAUUAAAUGUAGCACAUCUUGACCAUAAUAAUGUGGUACGGAUUGUAGCUGCUAGCACAUGUGCCCCUGCUAAUCAGGACACUUUGGGUACCAUAAUAAUGGAAUAUGUAGGUAACAGUACUCUACACCACGUUAUCUAUGGGACUGACUGCAAGACAGAAAAGGGUAAGGAUGAUGGGCUUGGAUGUGGCCAUAUAUCUUUGAGCAUAACUGAGGCAUUAGGCUAUUCUUGUGACAUUGUAGCAGGUCUCAUCUUUCUACAUUCACAAAUGAUUGUGCAUUUGGAUUUAAAACCUGCUAAUGUAUUCAUCACUGAACAAAAUAUUUGCAAACUUGGAGACUUUGGAUGCUCCCAAAAACUACAGGAUCUUGAAUCAUCAAGUCCACUACUUUCUCAACAAGGUGGGACAUACACCCAUCGUGCUCCUGAACUCCUUAAAGGUGAGAGAGUCACUCCUAAGGCAGACAUUUACUCUUUUGCUAUCACACUCUGGCAAAUGGUUACACAGCAAGAACCUUAUUUGGGUGAACGCCAGUAUGUACUCUACUCUGUAGUAGCUUGUAAUUUGCGCCCUUCACUAACUGCAGCUGUGUUUAAAGGUUCAGCCACUGGACAACAGCUUGAAAUAUUAAUUGAAAGUUGCUGGAAAUCUGAUGUUGCCAAACGUCCUAGUGCAGAACUUCUCCUCCAGAAUAUUCAUGCUCUGUCUCUAAAAGUGUAAAGUGAUACGGUCUUGUAUGUGUCUCCACUUUUAUUGUUGAUAAUUUUCUUAGUUAAACUAGUGUGUUGUUGCUCUGACCUCUCAAGAUUCAGAGCAA